GGAGUGGGGGCCCCCCCCUUGGGAGGAGUGGGGGGCCCCCCCUUGGGAGGAGUGGGGGGCCUUGCCGCUCCCCACGCGGUGGUGAGAACUCAGCCGAGACAAGCGGAGGAAUGGGGGCCAGGAGGAGGGGUCACAGCCCCCCAUUGUGCACAAGGCCCCACUGCCGUCACGUUGAUGUCCAUGCCAGUCUGGUCAAGUGGUCUCUUCUCCUGCUACCAGGAUCUCUACUCCUGCCUGCUGGGCUGCCUCUGCCCCUGCGCGCUGAUCGGCGGGCUGGCGAGUGACAUGGGGGAGAGCUCCAUGCUGGGGUGUCCGUGCUGGAUGCAGGCCGCGGCCAACGCGAUGCGGGCGUCCAUCCGCGAGAGAUACCGCAUCAGCGGCUCCCUGUGUAACGAUCUCCUCACCCUCCACUGCUGCUUACCGUGCGCCACGUGCCAGAUGCACCGCGAGGUGUCCGUGCGGGGCUGGCACCGGGGACGCAACAGCAUGGACGGCCUCCUGCGCUCCGCUGGAUUCAACCCCUACGCCGAGCCCGGCAUGGGCAUCAAUACCAGGGCCAUGGCCUGAGGCUGGAGGGCCAUGCCCCUGAGAGGCCGGUAGCCACGCCCCCCCCCACCCCAGAGGUUGGUGGCCACGCCCCUUCUCUGCCAAGACUGGCGUAGCCAUUCCCCUUCCCAGUGGCCACUCCCCAUCGUGGUCACCACGCCCCCUCGCGGUGACCACGCCCCUCAGUGGCCACUCCCCUUGAGUGGCCGCUCUCCCUCACGGUGGCCACUCCCCCUCACGGUGGCCACUCCCCAACACGGUGGCCGCUCUCCUCAGUCGCAACUCUCCUCGAUGACCAAUCCCGCCAAACGUGGCCACUCCCCCUCAACGCGGCCACUCCCCCUCAACGCGGCCACUCCCCCUCAACGCGGUCACUCCCACCCAUAGUGGCCACUCCCAUCCACAGUGGCCACUCCCCCUCAAUGCGGCCACUGCCCCUCACAGUGGCCACUCCCCCUCAAUGCGGCCACUCCCACCCA